AUGCGGGAAAGUGCUUCCAUUGCAGACGCAGGCAGGCAGAUCAGAUCCUCUCGCUUUCACUUCCAACAAGACCUGCCUCUGCUUCUGCUUCUGCUUCUUCUGUUUCUUCCUCUUCCUCUUCGAUUCGAUUCAAUUCAAUUAUAGGUUAGGUUACUGCUUUCCACCUUAAUAUUCUUUACUCAGAAUUGAAGCUUGGUAGAUGCGCUUUCAACUAUUUGUCAUGAGGUGAAAUUCGUGGUUUUGUUCCCCGUAGGUGUCAAUAGCAUAGGGGAACAUGGCUCAACAGCAGGGGGACGAGAUGGAGUAUGUUGCUGAAGACAAUGAAAUGGCCGAAGCAGAAGAUAUGUAUUUCCGUGGCAGAGUGUUUGGUGAUUCAGAAUCCGAAUCAGAUGAUGAUGAUGAUGAUGAUGAUGAAUAUGACUCUAUGGAAAAUCGGAUGACAUUGACAGAUACCACUGCUGCAGAAGCUAGGAAAGGAAAGGACAUUCAAGGUAUACCUUGGGAUAGACUCAGCAUUAGUCGUGAGAAGUAUAGACAAACUAGACUAGAGCAAUACAAGAAUUAUGAAAAUAUACCGCAAUCUAGUGAACUAUCAGAAAAGGACUGCACACAAACAUAUAGAGGAGGAAAGUAUUAUGAUUUCUGGCGAAACACUAGAUCUGUGAAAUCAACAAUACUUCAUUUCCAAUUGAGAAACUUGGUUUGGUCGACAUCAAAGCAUGAUGUAUAUCUUGUUUCGAAUUACUCUAUUAUACAUUGGUCUUCUUUAAAUUCCAAGAGAUCAGAAAUUCUGAAUGUAUCAGGACAUGUAGCUCCAUGUGAGAAACAUCCUGGAAGCCUUUUGGAAGGGUUUACCGAGACACAGAUUAGUACAUUGGCCGUGCGGGAUAAGUUGUUGAUUGCUGGGGGUUUUCAAGGAGAACUUAUUUGCAAGUACAUAGAUCGUCCCGGGGUUAGCUUUUGUUCUAGAACUACUUAUGAUGACAAUGCAAUAACAAAUGCUGUUGAUAUUUAUGAACAUCCAAGUGGAGCUGUUCAUUUCAUGGCUUCAAAUAAUGAUUGUGGAGUUAGAGACUUUGACAUGGAAAGAUUUCAGCUUUCAAAGCAUUUCUCCUUCUCCUGGCCUGUAAAUCAUACUUCAUUGAGCCCGGAUGGGAAACUGCUUGUGAUUGUUGGAGACAACCCAGAAGGGUUACUAGUGGAUUCUCAAACUGGAAAGACUGUUAAGCCUUUAUGUGGACACUUGGAUUACUCAUUUGCAUCUUCAUGGCAUCCUAAUGGCCGCAUUUUUGCUACUGGAAACCAAGACAAAACAUGCCGUGUUUGGGAUGUUAGGAACUUGUCAAAGUCUGUUGCUGUGCUCAAGGGCAACCUUGGAGCUAUACGAUCUAUACAGUUCACAUCUGAUGGGCAAUUCAUGGCAAUGGCUGAGCCAGCUGACUUUGUUCAUGUCUAUGAUGCAAAGCAUGGGUUUGAGAAGGAGCAGGAGAUCGAUUUUUUUGGGGAGAUCUCUGGUGUAUCUUUUAGCCCUGACACAGAAUCACUUUUCAUUGGUGUAUGGGAUCGCACCUAUGGAAGCCUUCUUCAGUACAAUCGGCGGAGAAACUAUAUAUAUCUCGACUGCUUGUAAAUUUGUAACUGCAUGCCUUGUGUUUGUAUGUACCUACAGUCUAAGAAUUGUGGCACCACCUGACCAAGAAGAAAAAGGACUGGUGGCAUGUUUCAUCAUACAAAUGUAGGAUGAUAUGGUCGUUACAUAAACUCCAUUGUGUUAAAUAACAUUGGUUGCCAAUCUCUUGAAUAUUUUUUUUCAAUUUUCUUUUUA